UCGAAAUCCCUCGCCUCCACCAAUGUCAGAGCAAGAAGCAAACAUAUUGUAUUCCGAUAAUAUUGGUGACACCUUGUUUAGUAAGAAAUGGGUUCUUAAAGUUUUAUUUAACGCAACUCAGCAGAUAAAGAGCGAUAAUGAAGACUCGAUUGUUAAGGAUAGUUUGGAUUCAGAACUCUGUCAACUUUGGGAUAUGUCUAUGAGUAAGGAUGUAGCGUUAUUCCUCCAAGAAGUCAAUGGUGUAGAUAUUUUUCUUGAGAUAAUUUUGGGAUCUACAACCUCAAGAUUAACUGAAAUAUCAAUUGGAAUUAUGGCAAAUAUGGCUUGUCAAGAAGAUAUUUGCAAGGAUAUUACAAACAGAGAAAAACUAAUUGAAGUUAUGCUGAUAAUAAUGGAUCAUCGUGAUGCACCUAUACUUGUAGAAGUCACAAGACUUGUCCAUGUGGCGAUUUCCAAGAAUGAGACACGUGAGAAGUGGAUGAGUGCAAUACAACAUUCAACAUUCUUAGAAAACCUAAUAUUUAUAUUGGAAAACUCAAUGCAUGAUGAACUAUUAUUAAAUUGUAGCCUGUUAUUAUCGUCGUUGUUGACAUACAAUAAAACUUUGUUGGAAAUCAUUGACAAAGAGAAACUGGCUAAAGCCGUAGUAGAAGCCAUUCAACAAACGAAGGACGACUCCAAGAAAACUCGUGAAAAUUUGUUGUAUAUACAAGAAAUCUUAGUAGAGAAAGAGUGAACAAGUUUUGCGGUUGAACA